AUGACAUUGUCCUGGAUAAAGACGUUAUCUGUGCAGUCAAUAAUGUUAGAUGAAGCCAUGGAAGAUGUACUAUGUAGCUGGAGCUUAGGAUAUGAGGACUGGAAAGACUUGGAAGAAUUUCAUUCUAGUCCGACGUUAAUACAAACACCAUCCCCACUGCCUUCUGGGCCCAGUCAACUACUGCCAUUACAUGGUCUUGAAUACCCCCAGUCAAGUGACAACCUAGAGCGUCCGGGUGACUCUUCCCUUUUUCAAAAUCAGGUAACCAAACUUCAGCUCAAGCUUGUUACAGCCAAAACUGCAUAUUCAACAUUGGAGGGAGCAUUCUGUGAACUUGCUUGUAACGUGCAGCUUGUUCAUGCAGAUCCUAUGACUUUCACAAGUGCCAGUAUCUCCCCAACAUCUUCGACAAACCAACUAUCCCCAGUCAACAAGAAUGAUUAUCCUGGUGUCAUUUUUUGGACACAUGCAGACUGGGACAAGUGGCAGACAACAUCACAGGGACUCAAACAGAAGGGAAAGCACAGGCCCGCAGCUUUCCUAGAAGACAAGAAUGGUGAGGCGAUCACAGAAGAAUCACUUGACAUCAUCUGCAAAACCAUUCAUGGCCUCUGGUUCAAAUUCACCACCAAAGGACUUCUUGCAACCAGCUGGAGCAAAAUGAUGCACUUGACCAGAACACUGUUCCACAGCAUCAUGGAAGAGAAGCACCCUCUUUUUAGAUUAGCGACUGACAGCUGGAAGUUGGACUUAUUGUGCAGCACUGCCUACCCUUCAUGGCGCAAGAACCAUCUUGAUGCCGACAGUAACCUCUUGAAGCAGUUGAAGAAAGUCAAACAAGAAGAUGACAAUAUUGACUACUGCAGUAGUAUAAAGCGAACAUGCAGCCCUGAUUCUGAGGGGGCCAGUGCUUUGAAGCAUGUGAAAGACGAAUCCACAGGACCUCUCCUGCCAGUCAAUUCUGACAUCCCUACAUCUCAGCCAGUGCUACUUGAAGGCAGCCCUAGUCCUAUCAAGACAAACCUCCCACUAGCAGAUUCCAAUACUUCAAUUCCUCCCCUGUUCAAGUUGCUUGAAGCAGAAAAAGAAAAUGAAGCACCUCUGGCUUUAGCAACAAUGCCGCUGACUCUGAGUCGCAUUGUUUUGACAAAUCCUCUUGCCAGUUUGACUUGUCGGCCAUUAUCGAAAUCAACUACCACUAGUCUUGGUCCCUCUGAUUCUGUUUUGAAGCCUGCAAUGGCAUCCCCUUCAAUUACAGUGGACCUGACUGGCACAAACACACCUCUGUCACCUUGUAUACCAACUACACUCUCUCCUCAGUCUGAUGUCCUUGCUGCUGCCAUGUCAUCAAAGAAGGCCAUGAAAAUGUGCCCAGGUCCAAAGAAGAAUGCGCAGAACCUCUGUGCAUUUUGCUGGCUUAAACAAGUCAAUGCAGCUGGUUCCACUAAUGAAUUCAAUGUCUACUAUUCGAAGUUGAAUGAGGUGCAGAUCAAAUCUUAUGAUACUGAGGCCAAGCAGCUAUCGCUGAGAAUAUCUAGGAACAAGAUGCAGGCUGGAUGA